UCUAAAAUGGCCGAUGGCGGGAAGCGCGUUCAAGCGUUCAAGUCGAGCACAUCCUUUUCGCUGCCUUUUUUCUCCUCUCCUGAAAUUGAAAUCAUUCGAUGUAACAUGUUAAGAUGCUGCUGAUGUUCCAGCUGGAUUUUGUUCCUGUGCAAAGUUGUGGUGAUACAGCAGGAUCUAGUUAGCCAUCGCGCUGAAAGCUGGAAAGCUGAGCUGGUGCAAAAUCCCUGGAUUGACUGCCAAUGAAUCGCACGAUUGAUGGAACAAGGAGAUCUAGAUUGUCUCUUUCACGUAAACGAAAGAAAGAAAUUGCAGAUAGACAAGAUGCACUUAGCGUUAACGUUAUAACUGAUACAGAAAGAGACGAUCACUCUUCGGCCGAUAUUGCUGUUCACUCAGAACAAGAUUUACGAAAAGUUGAGCAAAAUUCUCCUUUUACAGAUGAAAAUAAGGUUACAUGUAACUCUAUUGAGAAAUUACCCGAAUCAGUUAUACUUGCUUCACCCGACGAAAGACGCCAUAAGAAGUCAAAGAAGGGCAUAACAGCAUGGCUUAACAAACCACAACAACCAAACAUCGUAUCUUGUCCAAUGUGCGCUAAGGCUGUUUUCUUGUCAAAGAUAAACCAACAUUUGGACAGCAACUGUGAAUUACAUAUCAACAAUGGAGUCAAUGAUCAUGUGGAAGAGACAAAAAGUAAAUCAAAUUGCAAAGCAGGAAGUUGUAAUGGAUUGAAUUUACUGAAAGGUUACAAACAUAAUGUUACAGAGACUAACAAUAAGAAUGGGAUCCUUCCCUUAAAAGUCUCUGACAGUUCAGAUUUAAGUCUUGUUGCCUCUUUGGCUAGAAUUGAGUCAGAGACAAAAGACAGAAAUGAGCACAGCAGUGCUGUCUCGAAUGACUGCGACCACAUUGGAGUAUGUAAUAAUAUGACCGAAGGGGAUUCCCCUGCAGCACAAAACCAUCACACAGAGGAUAUGACACUUUCAACAAAUAAAAAAUUUUCUGAUGCCAGCAAAGAUUUGCCUACAAAUGAACAAACAAAUACAAGCACUUCAGAAGAUCUGAAACUUCAAAUAGACUCAAGCUUAAAUAGAGAAGGUGAAAAAAACUCUACAGUGCAAAACACAGAAAACACAGAUGAAGAUAACAAAGACUAUGAGCCAUAUUAUCUGGCUAAUUUUAAGUUGGUUUUGACAAGUGUGUUGUCUAAUGAGGAUGACAAACUAUUGUUUAAUGAACAAGACAAUAACAUUAUUGAUUCCUUCAAUGGUAUGUCUGCGGAGGAACAGAAGUUGUAUAUUCGCCUUUUUCAACGUAAACAUGGCUGGUUUAGGUGUGUCAAACUAGAAUACCCAAAGAUUUGUAAGAAUCUUAAACCGAUCCUUGAUACCCUCACUCAAAAAGGUAAAUAAUUUAAUCAUUUUUAUAGUAAGCUCUGAAGCAAAAUCUAGUGUCAUUCCUGCCUUUUAUAUACAGUCAAACUCCGCUAAUACGGUGACUGAGGGGCCAAUUAAAUUGACCGUAUUAACGUGGUAUCCGUAUUUAGGCAGGUUGAAUUUAGAGAAAAUGUAAGGGCUUUCUUCCCCAGGAACAAAACAAACUGAACAGUCCUUAAUAAUGAAGUGUCCAUAUUAACCCUUUAAGUCCCAAUGGUGACCAACAUCAAUUUUCUCUUAAUGAUAUCCAUACAAUGUCAAGAGAUAUGGUUGUGCGAAUUGAUAAAAUGAUCACCAAAGUGAAAAUGCAUUGUCAUCUUUUAUAAAAUUCUCUCACAACACAUUCUUUAAAGAAAUGUAUGGAGGUUAGUUUGGAGAAUAUGUACAUGGAUAUUGUGGCUUAAAGGGUUAGGUGGGUGUUGGUAAAGAAGGGUUUAACUGUAUCACACCUUUUACUUACAAAAUUAAUGCUCUUAAUUUUCACAAUGUCAUUUCUGCACAGGAUUUUUAGAAGAUGAACAUGAACUCACAGAUCUUAGAGAGGCAUUGAACCUGAUAGCUGCACCAGAGUUAAAACUUUUGGUUAAAUCCCUUCACCUUUGUACCAAAUCUGCUGGACAGAAGACAGCUAGCACCAAGGAAGACACAAUAGAAACAAUAGUUAGCCAUGCUGAGAACCAGAAAACUCUCUUUGGGAGCUUUAAAGUUGUUGUUUUAAAACGGUAAGGAUUCAUUGCACUUUUUUAGCCUUCCUCGCCUCUCAAAUAAGUCCCCUCCUCCCCUUUGUCGGUAGACUUUUUAAAAGUCUUUAUAUAUUUGUUUCGUGGUUGGUUAUGCCAUUUUAAAGGAGAUUACUGUCCUAAUGGUCAAUUGUCAUGAUGUCACCGGUAGAAUUUUCAAUCAGUGAAUUUCAGCAAACUGAUCACUGAUCGAAAAUUCUACCGGUGACAUCAUGACAAUUGACCAUUAGGACAGUAAGUGAUAUUUAAUUCCACUCCCAAUACCGCAUUAUAUGUCAAUCAUUUUUUUCGCUCUUGAAUUUAUAAUAUGAUUCAAAUCCAAUCAGGUGAAACAAGUCGACCUUGAGACUUCAUUGCUUGCUCGGUCGCUCUACGACCUCAUACUUUGAAGCUUGCCUCGCUCACUGUCACGAACUUAUGAGAGGUCGACUUGUAGCAAGUCGUCUUUGUCGGGUGAAGAAAGUAAUAAUCACCCCCUCUUCUUCUCCCUCUCUGCCCCCAUCCCCUUUCCUCCUUGUUCUUAAAUGAUAGACUGUAUUAAUUAAUCACAUGCUGGAAGCUGGGAUUUGUUUUUCAUCUUUAGCUGCAUGACCUUCAACUUCAUGUGCCUGAGCUUUUCCACUUUGCCUGUUAGGAUCAUUAUAAUGUUUCUGGGAAACUGCCCACCUACCCCUCCGCUAAGCCAACCUUAACACUUACUUCUCACUUAGGGCUAAAUGGUUGUCAAGGGGAGGGGUAGGUGAGCAGUUUCCCAGAAACGUAUAAUGAUCCGCCUGUUAGUUAUAACGUAAUCUUAACUAAAUUAUAUAACCCCCCUCUCUAUUACACAAGGCUCCACUCAAAGGUGCAUGAAAUAAAUAACCCCCCUACCCCCCCCCAGGAGCAUAACAGAGGAGAAAUGUUAAGCGUGUGCCCUGGUUCUACCAGCAUGUUUUAAAAACGUUGUUGUAAUGGUGUUAUUUUGUUCUUGCUUUUGUGGGGUAAGUGAUUAUUUCAGGAUUUUUGCACCGGCUUUUUAAUGCAGUUUUAGUUUUGUUCUGACAGUGCGAAACAGGCUCUUGGGUCUUGUGUCCGUCUGACAGCUUUUCCCAAGGAUGUGUUCUGCCGAAUUCUGUUGUUAUUUACCAUGAAUGUCAUCCCAGAUGAUGAGGAUUCUGGCACAAACAAUGGACAAACUCAGCAACUGUAAGCUGCAAGUAAAAUCAAAACUAAAUGUUAUGUAUUAAGCAGGGCAUUUUAUCAAGGGUAAAUGGCUUGAAAGUGCUGACAACUGGUGAGUCACGUUAAAUGGCCCCUGUUACAGUAGUCACACUGUAAAGUGGAGUCAUAUUGUCACCUCUUUGCUGGCUCUAACUCUCCAAUGGAAACACACCCUUUGAGGGAAACUUCCAGAGUUACAAUCCAUUAUAAUAAAAAUACGUAAAUGCCUGCACUGUUUAAGCUUGUACAUUAUUUAAAUCUUGCAUAUUAUAUGAAUACGUGUUAAUGCUACAAAUAAUAAGAUAAAACACCACACCCUUUUUAAGUACUUCCAGUUACACAACUAUGGAAUUGAUUGUAUAAAAAAGGUCAGAAAAAGAGCAUUUUUAUGAUGGAAUCACAAGAUUCAAAAUGUCACUGUGGUUAGCUACAUUGCGUUGUUUACUUUUAUGGAUAGAACCACGCCUUUGGUGGAUACUUACAGAGAAAAGAUGUUACAUUGGUAUUACUGAAAGUGUACAAUUGGGUACCAAAAAUGCGCGCACAUGUCAUUUUUCUGUAACUCCAUCUUGUCAAUAAUAUUUCCAUGCAAUCUAUAUAUCUUAAAUGAUGUCAUGCCCAUUAUUGAAUACUUCCAAUUGUACAGUCAUGGACAAUGCCUAAGGUUUUAACCCGGGGGUUGCAGCGAUUGUUGCCAAAAAUGUUUACAUUGACGAUGCCCAGCCUUCCUUCAGUGAUGAGUGUUGUGCCUUAUGUUGCAUGUUGUGACUUGCCUUCUGGUGUUGACAGUGAUUUAUGUAGGAUUAGUUUUUGAACUUUGAACAACUGGACAUUAUUUUGAUGUAGUUAAAAAAGAAUGCAUGUUUUUGGAAUCAUAAGGGAACCAAGAUCAGGGUGUGAGCGAGCGAGAUUAAAACUGUUUCAAUUCAACCAAUUGUUAGUUCUUUUUGUCAGUGUUACCGAUUCCGGACAAAAAGUGGCAACCUUGGGUGGACCGAUUCUCAAGGAAAUUGUAACCUAGAGUUCAGUUUCUUGUGAAGAAUACAGUGCAGCGAACCGACCACAUUUUUUUGUAAAUGACAUGACGGAGCUUGAACAAGCUUUAAAAAAGAUUGACUUUGAAUCAUGCCUGUUGAAAUUUACGUGAGAUGACACACCCAGAAUCCAAGAAAAGAAUGAGUUGUAGGCGGCAGAGCAAUUGCAAAAAGCCCUGGAGCAACAGAUUGACAGCGUUCAUGAACAGAUGGUUGAAAUUCAGGCGCUGAAAUAGAAAAAGGAGAUCAACCCAACGAUGUGGGUAAAUGGAGUCUGGACGUAGAAAAGCAAGUCGUAGAAUAUGAACAAAUCACAGAGGAUGUGAGAGGAAUGGUAAAGAGUCUGCAUGAAGAGGCCUUACUAGAAGGGAAAUGGGAAGAAGAAAAAGUGGAAGAGGAGAAACACAGAAGAAGAAGAGCUCAAAUUAGAAGAAGCAAAUAUGGAGAUUAAGAGAGAAUUUGAGAAGAAACUUGAGGAGGAUAGAACAAGUCUGUGAAGGAAAGCAGUGCAAAAUUACUCAAAUUAACCAUCACAAAGUUUCAAGGUACCCAUUUGGAUUGGCUACGGUUCUGGAGCCAGUCCAAAACCAAAAACUGAUAAGGCUGCAAUUACCCAAGUAGCAAAAUUUUCUUAUUUGAAAGAGCUGCUUAAUUAUUACAAAGAUUUGUUCUGUUGUUGAUGUUCGACCUUACAAUACGGAGGGAUACGAACACACCAAAGCCAUCUUGAAAGGGAGAAGGCAUAAGGGUUUGAGGUGAUGUGGUUUUGCUCGAUUUUUGGUGCCGUUUUGCAGGAAUUUUUAUUUUUGCAGUUUUACAAAACCAACCUGUUUGUAGCCUGCGAGAGCAUCCGGUUUUCAUCCGGUUUUUCUGGCUCAAGUUUCGAGUUUCACCCGCUGGGGACAGACCAAGGUUUACUUGCAGCAAAGUCCUGUGUGGCAAAAAAGGGGUUAACCAUACCAAGACUAGAACUGGUGAUGGUGCACAUGGCCUCAAAUCUCGUAGCAAAUGUGAAAGACACUCUUCCAGUCCAGCCCAUAAGUACAGGUUGUGGAUGGUUGGAUAGCACAGUGGCCCUACAUUGGAUUUAAGGUGGAGGCAGUAUCGACAAGCAGUUUGUUGCUAACAGAGUAAGCAAGAUAAAGGAAAAGGACUACAUUACCUAUGAAGACAUGUGAGCACUGACCAGAACCCCGCAGAUGUAGGGAGCAGAGGCUGUGAUGGCGCCAAGUUGCCAACUUAUGUUUGAAAGGACCUGAAUGGUUAGCAGACCCUGAACGCUGGCCAGCAGAAAUUUUAACUGAGCGAAUCAAGGAAACUGAGGCAGCAGCUAAAUUGACUAAGGAAGUCCUAGGCACUAUUGUAGAGACCAAGGAUGAUCUAGAUGAGACCUUGAAUAAACACGGCUUCUGGAAGGCAAUGCGAGUGACAGCAUGGAUUAUGCGCUUUGUAGGAAACUGUAAGCAGAAGAAAUCAGAAUGACUUGCCGACCCUUUGACCACACCUGAGACAGACAAGGCAGUCUAUUGGUGGGUGAAAAUAGCGCAAGAAAGCAACAUGUGGAAAGAAAAGUUUGAGUAGGACCAGUUGAGCCUAAAUUUACAGAAGAACAGUGAAGGGAUGAAUGAAUCUCAGGAAAGAAUACAAGGAAGCUGUCCAGUUUACCAGCCACCAAAUGCAGUGUCAUCAGAGAAGUUAAUACAAGAUGCCCAUGCAUGUGUUGACAUUACAUGGGAGAGUGGGCCUCACCAUGACCUACAUCAGACAUGAUUACUGCAGGGUUCGCACAGUCUUGAAAAGUCCUUGAAUUUUAGGGGAAGUCCUUGAAAAGUCCUUGAAUUCCAUUUUUCCUUGAAAAGUCCUUAAAUUUCUGUGCAAGUCCUUGAAAAGAGCUUGAAUUUUCUUCAACUUUAAAUGUAGUAGCCUGGAAAGAAUUUUUUGAUGCUUUUUGGUUGUCCAGGACAGAAUAUAAAUCGUAGCUCAGUGAAUGUAAAGGUCAUUUACAUAAAGUGCUCCAUAAUUAAUUUUAUGCAAUAAUUAACUAUCAGUUUAAGACAAGUGAACUGAAAAAUGUAGAGAAUUUGGUGAAGCAAACAGUUAAAGCCUGAAAGUCUUAUUAGAAUAUACUGGGAAUAUGCAUUUUUGUACAAUCUGUGAAAUUGUAUUCCUAGUAGUUUGUCCUUGAAAAUCUAAUGUGGUCCUUGAAAAGUCCUUGAAAAAUGGUUGCAAUUUUUUGUAUGAACCCUGUACUGGAUACCUCGCCUGAGACGUUUAACAAAGAAGGUAAUUUGUGGUUGCUUUGGAUGUAAAAUGUCUCAGGCUGCAGCCUUUCGAAACCCACCACCAGGAAACCUGCCAGUUGAACGCACCACCAGUUCAGUUCCCUUCCAAGUCAUGGAUCUGGACUAUGCCGGUGCAAUUUCAUACAAGACCAGUUCCAAGAGAAAAAGGGGAAACACCUACAUCCUGCUGUUUGCAUGUAGUCUGACCAGAGCCAUGCACCUUGAGUUUUUGAGUGAUCAAAAUUAAUGACAGAGGGGAUUUAUCAAGAGUUUCAAACGAUUCAAAACAAGAAGGGGGAGGCUCCAAAAGGUGUACUCUGACAAUGGUAGAGGUUUCGUAGCCGCUGUGAGAUGGUUAUGAGGACUAUUAUGAAGAAUGAGAGGAUGCAUGACCACCUAUCCAGAAAUGAUCAUAUCACCUGGCAGUUUAACCUCAGUGGAUCCUCUUGCUCGGUUGGUCAGUUUGAGAGGCUAGUGGGGCUGGUAAAACAGGCCUUAUCCCUUUAAGUUCCAAUAGUGACUAACGUCAAUUUUCUCCUAACGAUAUCCAUACAAUGUCAAGAGAUUAGGUUAUGAGAAUUAAUAAAAUGAUCACCUAAGGGAAAAUGCCUUGAUCUUUUACCAAAUUCUCUCAACUCAAUCGUGAAGGAGAUUUAUGGAGAUCAGUCUGGAGAAUUUGUAUGUGGAUAUUGGGGCUUAAAGGGUUAUACAAGUUGAUUGGAGGAGCUAAUCUUACCAGGUCAGGACUCGAAGAAGUUAUUCUUGAGAGAGGUACCAAUUUUGUGGGUGGUGAAAGAGAACUGAGAGAAAGUUUAGAAAAGUGGAAACGGCAUCAGAUUGAGCACAAACAGCUUCAGGGAGGGUACAAAUGGGGUUUUUAGCCACCUACUGCCUCGAGCAAUAUAGUUCUGAAGUCUAUCAUUGGGACCCAAAUGGUAACCGAGGCAUUUUUCACAUGUUGCUAAUGGAAGUGGAACAAGUGUUAAAUGGGUGUGCUCUUACUGCUAAUUCAGAUGACCCACAUGACCUUGAGGCAAUCACGUACCCUUCUCACUUUGCAAUGCACAGGAACACUAUUGCUUACCCCCCCCCCAGGUUCCUUUGGAAGGACAGAUCAGUUCUAUCAAAGAAGGUGGAAGCAGGGGCAAUUUCUGGCGUAUCUGUUUUGGAAGAGGUGGUUGCGACAGUAUCUUCCAUCAUUUCAAGUUAGAGAGAAAGGGCGCAGAGCUCUACUUAAUUUAAAACCGAAUGCUCCAGUACUUCUUGUUGACGAACCGGAACCUUAGUCGCAUUGGUCAAAAGUUGCUUCUUCUGGAGAAUGAUUAUGAGGACCUCUGAGUGCAGCAUGACGCCAUAGGCAUCCCAAGGAGGGCGAAAUGUUUGGGAACAAACGUUGUUUUUGUAAACACAUCUCAGGAUUUCGAUCACUUUUCAUUUCAGACUUUCUUUUGUUUCCCCGCCAAUUUUUGUGUGUUAUUUCUUUGGACUUGAAUAUAGUGGCUGGUGCCCUUUACAUCUAGUGGAAACGCUUGGCGGCAGAUUUUCGUAUUACUUUGCUGCACAGAAGUUUUCAUUGUAUUGUCUUGUCACACCACAAAGGCUGUUUAAUACGAAAGUGAAAUAAAUUGUUCAAAGUUAAUGUUAAGAUGUGUUGAAUUAACUGUGCCACUCCAACAUUGAGAAAAAGACGAAGUCCCAAAGCAUUCACGGGUGUUGGUUUACCACUAUGUGUGAUUUCAGAUAUAUAUUUGAGAUAAAUUUCGGUUUUGUGAAAAUUAAUACCAUGACUGCAAACUAAAUAUAAAAUCAUGUUACGCUAAGUACUCAACAAUUCUAAUUAGCAAAAAAACAACUUGGCACUUGUAGCACAAUUUUUUUGUACAUUUCUUUGCUAUUGUUUUGCAUGACUACAACAUGAAAUGCCCAGAAACUUCCUGGUUACAUUGUUUUGUGGAGGAAAUGUUGUACAUGUUCUUUUUCACUUUUUUCUCACUGCAUGCCGCUCAUUUUUUCCUGGCUGGCCGCUAGCAUUUGUCAUUUUCUCCCCGCCGCUACAAAUUAAUGUUUGUUCAUCCAACAAAAAAUGGCUCCUUAUCUCUUGCUCUAGUUCUCUGUCGCUCCCCGUACGAUACAGAAGACGUUAAAACAGCGCUGCUUUAGCGACUUAUUAGCGCUGCAACGAGCGCUGCAGAAAGGUUGCACGAACGCUGUUUUCCGUUCGCUGCAGCAGUGCAUUUUUGUGACUGCGUGAACGCUGCGGUAGCGACACUGAGAGCUGCAGGAGCGCUGCCGUCCACACGAUAAACAGCUUUUAUAUUUAAUCAUGAGACAUAAAGGAGUUGACAAGAGGCCUUAUAGUAGCGGAGUAAAAACCACAAGAAAUACAAAAUGCAACUGAUACUUUAUUAGUAUUCAACAAAAGUUGACAUAUAAAAAUCUUCUUUUGUAAAUAUUCAGCAAUCACGGUCACUCAUCUAAAUGUAAGAACAUCCAUUAACAUGCCGACAUUGAAGUUUAUCUUUUUUAAAAUAAAGAGAAGAAGAGCUAGAUGCUAAACACUUACAAUGUAUGAAUGUUUGCGCCUUUCAUUCAACGGCAUUGUUUGUCCAUUUGUGAUCUGAUGCAAAAGUGCCCCAAUUAGAUUACAGCCUAGAAUGUCUCCAGGAAUUAGCGAAUUAAAUGUUUGUUCUUCCCCUGCGUACAAAAAUGGCUCCUUAUCUCUUGCUCUAGUUCUCCGUCGCUCUUUUUCUCAUUGAUCUUUGCUUGGCUGUCGCCUAUUUUCUCUUUUUCUCUGUCUUUCUCUUUCUCUAGUAUAUUCCAAUUCGUGGAUAUGACAAUAUUAAUCUAUGCUUAAUACUUUAGACAGCAAGGAUACAGAAACAAUUUCCACUUUCCUUUUUUGCUUUAUUGACUCUUUGGUUGUCUCUGCUUCACAAGAUGGGGGUGGCUAGGCAAUUUUCUGCCCAAAUAACCUCAUGUUGCAUUUGGGUGCCAAACCUGUUGAUUGAGUUAGUUUUCAUUGGUAUACAAUCAUGUACCUGUUGUGUGGACAAAUGGAUGGGCGUACAGUCAUGUUUUAUCAAAAUUUCUCGGAUGGCUAAAGUACCACAUUUUCUUAGGUAAGGGGCUACGCUUGCGCGCACUUCGUGCACAUGGACCUCCGCUAUAAUAAUUGCAUGGAGAUAAGUAUUGACGAGAUGGAAGUACAGAGUUAUGACAUCUGCGCCCAUUUUUGGUACCCUAUUGUACACUUUCAGUAAUACCAAUGUAACAUCUAUUAUUUUCUCUGUUAGUGUUUCCCCCAAAGGCAUCGUUCCAUCCAUAGAAAUACACAUUACAAUGUAGCUAAUCACAGUGACAUUUUGAAUCUUUUGAUUCCACCCUAAAAAUGCUCUUUUUCUGACCUUUUUAUAUAAUCAAUUCCAUAGCUGUAUAACUGAAAGUACUUUAAAAGGGGCAUGGCAUCCUAUCUAAAAUUAUUCAUUACAUUAACACUUACCUAAAUGGGAAGCCGUUUGUAGCAAAAUUCAAUCAAGUCAAAAAUUUAUUCAAUCCAGUCAUAUUAGCCUAAUGCCAUUUAAUUUAUCUUUGAAAUUUUUUUUAAAGAAAAAAAUAAGCAUUCAAUUUAAUGCUAUGUUUAUCAGUUCAAUUUAAUCAUGACUAAAUAUUCAUUCACUCCAAUCACUGAAAUAUUUUAUUCAAUCCAAUCACUGAAAUAUUCAUUCAUUCCAAUCACGUAAAUAUUCAUUCAUUCCAUCCAAAAACUAGUUCAAUCCUCCAGGAAUUUCUUUAAUCUUCUUGGCGCGAGCAUGGCCAACCCGAGCUGACUAGGAGAAGAGGGCCAGAACUCAUAACUGACAACUAUGGCAGAUGUUGAUGCUGUUGAUUUGGGAAGUGAUCUUCCCAAGUUUUUGGAGUCUUUUCUUCAAAAAGUAGAAGCUAUCUUGCAGGAUGUUGAAGAGCAAAACCUAGAUGCAGGGGUCCUUGCUGAAGUAGUAGACCAAACUAUUUCUUUGAUUCAAACAUUGCAAGAGCCAGGUGAAAUCCAACCAUUGGACAUAAUUGCCUUAAACUCACUUGCAGACACAUUUACAAAUGUGCCCCUUGACGUUGUUAUGGAAUCGCAUUUCUUUGUUAAAAGAAGUCAAAGACAGACCUGCACGGACUCCCAACGUGGUUUUUGUGGUUGCGUCACAUCAUCAAAUGCCUUCAAGUUACAUUUUUGCCCUCACAAGCAUGUCUCUCAGAGAUUUACCUCUUCUGUAGGAUAUGAUCAGAGGUCUUCUAAAAAUUGUUUCCAGCAGAGGCUGAUUUUCUAUUAGACUUCCAUUUGCCAUCAAUGUCUUUUUAAGAUCUUGUACUGCUGGGUGAUAUGUUUUAACGAAAGGCAAUAGUCUCUCUUUACUUUUUUGCUUUUGUUUUAGGGCCAAUAAUUAUUGUGUAAGGUCAGAGUUGACCUCUGACAACGGCCUUUCUAUAUCUUGUUUAGGAUACCCUCGUGCUUCGAGGCAUUGUUUAAACUUCGCAAGGCACUCAUCAAAUAUUGUUUUUGAAGAGUUUGUUCGGAGCAAUCUUAUUGCCCCGCCUUUAAUGAAGCCUCUUGGGUGGCACGAGGCAAAGUGUGUAUAUUGAAAGGUUUCAGUCAGCUUAUAGUGAGUUUUGAUGACCAAGAUGGAUUUCUCUGUGAAUCGCUCUCCUUUGAAAACUAUUGUACCAAGGGAAGUUAUUUUGUUCUCUGAUAUUUCGGCUGUGAACGUUGUUGUAGGAUGGAAAUUGUUAGCUUCUUUAAUAAAAGUUCCAUGUCUUUUCUGUUAUAGUCCCAAAGGGAGAAAACGUCAUCAAUAUAUCGCUUCCAUUGUUUUGGCUUGCAUGGUGUUACUUUGUUGGAUUAGGUUUGUUUCACUCUCUGCCAUCUAGAUAUUUGCAAAAGCCACUGCUGUUUUUGUGCCCAUUGCAACCCCAUGGGUUUGGAGAUAAUUGUUUCCAUUGAACUCAAAUGAGUUUUCUGUUGCAUUUCUCUGAGGCAGUGUGUGGGAAUUGGAGGGUCAUUAUUGUGAAACAACUCGUAUGUUUUACGUACUAUUACUGUUCCCUCUUCCUGUGGUAUGUUCAUUUAUAAGCCAAACAUCCAUUGAUACUAAAAUAGCAUCCUGGCCUAUCUUUGUUUUUUAUAAAAUUUAUAAAAUCAGUAGUAUCCUUAAUGUAGGAUUGUUGUUUCUGUGCAACAGGCUGGAGCAAAGUAUCUACAAAUGAGGAAAUUUGGGCUGUUUAUCCUCGCCAUCUUCGGGGAAAACAGUAUAUGGUCGGCAGAAUGUGCAGGAUGGAUACUCACAGUAUGAUUGUUAUUUUCUCCUGGCUUUUCCAAAUAGGAAGUUUCCAAACCAUGAUUACUGUGGGCAUAGAAGAAUUCAUAUCCUCGGUCAAUUCUUACAUACAGAAGACCUUGACCUGCCAUUUUCUUUACAACUGCAAAACUGUACUCAGUUCCUGGACCUUGUUCCAUGGGAGAAAUUUUUUUUUGCCUUACUGUCACAAACUCGAAAUCAUUUGACCCAAUCACUGGAAACUUGUUUGAAAGGGACUCGUUAAUUAUAGAUUGCCUUAUUGUCUCUUCAUUGUCAUUUUCAUUUAAUGAUAGCAUUCCAGUUGCUAUUACUGAGUCCCACUUCAUGUUCUCUUGCUUGUCCUCUGCAGACUUCAAAAUGGCAAACUCUACAACCUUUUUGUCUCCCUUGUUCUUGGUUUGCUGCUGUUUCCUGGGCAGGGACCUGGCCCGUGCUUAUACUUGCCGGUUCGGGUAUGGCAGUGAUCUCGUUCUUUAAGAAUGACUUAGCCUUUUUAAAACUCCAAUGCUUAGGCUAGUGCUUUUCAUGCUUCUCCCCGACUGAAAUACUUCAGAAACGUUGAUUACCAUCAUUCACAGUUGGUGAGGCUGUCAGUAAACUCGGGGAUUCUCGAAGGAUCCUUGAUGCCUCUUCGAGCAUUCAAGCAGUGUGCUCCAUGGGGUCCACAUUGCUUAAUUUGACUAAGGUCUUGACUUUCAUCCUUGCUAACACGCUGAGGGUAUGUAAAUAUGACGUAUUACGGUGAAAUGAUCAUCUAAAACUACUCGUGGAGUUUACAGAAGCGCUUAAAACUCUUUUUCACUGAAUAAAACUGAAAUUAAGUGAAAAAUUAUCCCCAAAAUAAGAUAAAACAACAUUUGACACGUACCUGUAUGCUUGUAAUGGUGGGCAAAAUGGUGCGCUUUGUCUUCCUCAUUUGACUUUUCUGCAUUAGCCGCUCUUGCCCCAGGAAGAUUAAAUGAAAUGCGUGGAGGAUUGAACGUGUUUUCAGAUGGAUUGAAUGAAUAUUUCAGUGGUAUGAUUGGAUUGAAUGAAUAUUUGGUCUUGAUUAAAUUGAACUGAUAAACAUAGGAUUAAAUUGAACAGAAUGCUUAUUUUUAUUCUUUAAACAUUAUUUAUUUGAAAGAUCAAAUUAAAUGGCAUUAGCAGCGUGCGAAAGAAAGUGGUGUCCGAUAGCCCGGAACUAGUGGAUUUUGCUGUCGGGCUAGUCAAUUCUGUUUUUAACUUGCCCGAUGGGCAAGUGAAUUUUUUGGGCGGAAAUUCAAAUUACAGAAAAACUAUAAUUAAUCCUGCUCAUCAAAUUUUUGAAGGGCUAGUUGAAAUGACUUUCGGGCUAGUACAUGCUAGCUACAGCUUGCCCGAAUGGCAUGCUGUAAAACUGACUUUCUUUGCACCCUGCAUUAGGCUAAAAUGCUUGGAUUGAAAAAAUUUUAAGACUUUUGAUUGAAUUUUGUUACAAAUGGCUUGCCAUACUUACCUAUAUACAAGAGUAAAAGUAUGUACAAGCUUGAACAGUCAUGAUUAAUACAUUUUUAUUAUAAUGUAUGUCUCAUCUAUAACUCAGGAAGUAUCCCUCAGAGGGCGUGGUUCUACAAGUAUUACUUUGCACUGUACUUUACUUUAUCGCUCGACCACUCAGAGUGUUAUUCAUACAAAUCAACGCUUUAAACUGCACGCUGCACGCUGCCUUGUCUACAUCAGGUAUAAAGACACUCAUUAAACAUUAAUUUCUUUUGUUUUUUCUUUACGAAUUAUUAAUGAGUUUUUAAAGCUCUUGUAAACGACCACCCUCUAUUGUUUUACCAUGCAUUUGCUUAUGAGAGCUCAUUCUUGUAAGCGACCAGUUCUAUUUCAGAGGUGGUCCCUUAUGAGAGCUUUGACUGUACAUGUGCUGAGGUACAAACAUGGCAGUCAGGGCAUCCGGUAGGUAACAAGUGUGCCCAGGCAGCUGAGGCUACACUCUUGUGCGUGAAAAGCAGCCCUUGUAUCUGGCCUGGUUUAAGUAUGCAUGGGCACAAGAGUUAUCCAUUAUAGUGUGAGCAUACCAUAAACAAUUUGUUACUGCUGCUUAUAAGCUCCCCCACUUAUAAGCUCCAGACAUAGGCCCCCCUCCUAUUGUAUUGAGAUAAGUUGGAAUUUUUAUGACAUUUUAAAGGUUAAUUAAAAAUUAGAAAAUGCAAAACUCAUUUUGAUCAUGUAAGCCACCUCGGAUAUAAACCCCUCUCCUCUGUUUAUGAGCCCUCCCAAAACCCCUUACAAAGAUGUAUAUUAAAGCCCAGGGCUUAUGAGUGGCAGUUUACAGUAUGUUACAGGUCAUACGGUAGCCUAGAUUGCUUCAAAUCUGUAGGCUAUGAGCAGUCUAGUUUUUCUUAGUCUGUCAAGCGAAAUCAGUGUGAGACACAAGUAUGACCAUGCACAUCACUGAAGGCGCUAGACAGGAGAGCCAUAUACUUAGCAGCCUUACAUCUUUGGAAGCAUAUACAAUUGUCAUUUUUGAUUAGAUUUAAAGCUGUACUUUUAAAUUUUAGAAACAUUCUACUUAUUCCUGCAUCUCACUUCUAGGUCAACACUUUUUCUUGCUAACAUUGGAAAAGUUCUGUAUCCAUCAUAUGUGAUUGACAGGCCAACACCAGUGUUUCAUUCCCGUGAGAGCCUCAUUGCAUUCACCGAAGCUUACCAACAGAAACAUGAGAUGUUUAUGGCUCUGGAGAGUAACAGUUUUGAUAAAGCCUUCAGCUACUAUCCUGAAGCAUCCAAAAAGUUUGACGACAUUUUGACCAGUCUCAAAGAAGAAGCAACUCUUCCAGCUGUUCUUCUUCCAGAGCACUUGCGAUGCUUCUCUGCUGAGUGGGCUGUCACCAAGAUGUGCUACUUUGGAGUAGAAGUGUUCCAAAAAUGGCGGCAGUAUGAUGCUGCUGUAAAUCAGUUAGAAAAGUUGCUUGAGCAAGAUGUUUUUUGCUUUGAUUCCCGAGGGCGUUGGUAUGAUAGACUGGCAUUAAAUUUACAUCAGCACCUUAAAAGACCUGAAAAGGUACAAAGAGUAGCUACAAUCAGCGACAAAAUUGGUUGAGACACCUACCGUAAAGGGGCUUUCUGACAUUUUACUGACUUCCAUAGGGAAAAAUAAAGCUUUUCCUCCCCUAUCCCCUCCAUGCAAUGUUGUGCUGCUGUUCAAGCUGCCUAUAGAAAACAACAAACACCCCAACUUUGAAUGGUCAAGAGGGUGGAGGGAUGUGGUUUCUUUUGUUCUCUGUAGUUACCCUAUUUGAGUACAAUGUCUCAACAAUUUUGCCGCGGAUUUUAGCUUAAGAAAUGUUCUAUCUUGUUGCACUUCAAAACAGGCCAGUUUAAUCAGAAAUUUAACAGUGGCGCUCUCGCCCGUGCAGCAGAGCCCCAUAGGUAAUAAAAUUUGGUUAUAUUGAACGCAUCCAAGAAAUUUUGGUUUGACAAAAUCGUCUGUACAUACCUCCGGCCUUUCAUGUUAGCGGGUGUGAAAUGUCACACUAGCUUUGAGUCCAAAGCAAUCUGCUUUGAAAAUGAUAUUGGACAUCCAUGUUAUAGUCAAUUAACAGCUGUCAAAAUAGGGCAUCUGCUGACCAGUGUCACAUGACUGUAUCAUAGGCUCAGAUGUAUAACUCAUUGAGGUGACAUUUUUUAAAAGUUUUCUGCUGACCAGAGUAUUGUUUUCAAUGGAUUGCAGGCUCAGGUCCCUUUCUUCAGCAAGAAUUCGGUUUGCUUAUUGUUUAUGGCAAAACUUGAAUUCCCUCUGAAAGACGUUUCUUAAAAGAUCCCAUGAGAGCUUUGCUUUUGGCUUUGGCUAAAUCUAUAUGAUAAUUAUUGGUGUGCUUCUUUUGUCUCGGGAAACGUCACUAUGCAGUCUUUCACAUGUCUUUUAAUGUUUUCAAACUAGCAUAUUUAAAGAGUCUGCAAGUAAAUUAAGAGAUGUUUUAUAAUAUUUGAGACAGUUCAAGUUUUAGACUUGGUAAAGUGUAGCCUGCGUAGCUGGUGGGAUUCUGGGGUAUUAUCUUGGUAGCGCCACCAAGCAAAGCUAACAAGAAAGCAGCAAGGGAGUUUCGUGAGCAGCGAACUGCGAGGCUCCCAAAUUAUCUUCUUACGGCUCCGGUCUCAAAAAACUCAGCACUCGCCUGCUUAUCCUAGCAGGUAGGCAGGCUAACUAAGGUGAAAUUAUCAGUUUAUUGUACCGAAUUACUGUUCUGUACAUCUGUACUUUUUAUACUAAUUGUGAACUGUUAACAAGUUUGUCAAGUUUUUUUAUAUUACAUUGUUUUAUCAGGAAGAAAGGAACUCCAAUUAAAAGAUGACAUGAUCAUUGUAAGAAUUUAUUUUUUUAUUAGGCUAUGGAGGUAAUAAGGCAAGGUCUGUCAGACCCACAUGUGCGGUUUGGACGCCGUCUGGCCCUGAUUCAGAGAGCCAAGCGCAUCAUAUCAUCACCAGCAUUUCAAAAGGGAAAGAAGAAAAAGAGCGAGGAUUUUGCAGAUUUGGACUUGAAGGAACCCAACCCGUCCAAAAGUGUAAGGCAGUAGUCAAACAUAUUUUUUUGCACUUCCUUAGAAAACGUAGAGAAAUUAUAGAUAGCCUUAAUGGCUGGCAGUUUUGUUUGUCGAGCGGGCACGUGGAGGGCAAAGAAGUGAGGAGAAUGGGGUGGAAAGAACGAGAAACCGCCAAUUGUUUGCAAACACUUCUAGCACAUUUUAGUGGCAUCUCGGCUUGUUAAGAGAACAUUACUACAUACAGUCUGUGGACGAUCUGAUGAGGCCUAACAAGUACCAAAAUGAGGGGGGAACGAAAAGAAAUAUCAGUAUCACAUUUUAUGUUCUAACGAACGUGUGAUUGUAAGUCCUGUGUGAGCUUCUACUACUGUUACAUUAAGGUGGUUGAACACAGUUCUGCGUGCGGUCAGCGGUAACUCGCGUGGCGGCGCGUGUUUAAAAUUAGACAAGCAAACAUGGCGGCGAAAAAAGCAGUGGUACAGAGAAGACGAUUUCUCAAAAUCUACUCAUUAAAAUUUUGUGAUAUUUGGCAGAAUUUUUCCUUUUAUCGUAUUUUAAAUAAUGAGAACUUUAAAAUGGAAGUUGAACAGACGAAUUUUGUAACACAUUUAAUAAUUACAGUACAAUUGUAUUAUUGAUUAUCUAAAAACUUCUCUGUUAAGAUUUGGUCAAAUAAGUUUCAAAUGGUAAUGAUUAAUACUAGUAAGCUGUGUGCAAGUUUAUAGGAAAAUCUAAUGAGCAAACUUUAUGUAAACUGAGCAAAAGUGAAAUUUUAAGGUUGUAUUCAAUCGUUCAUGUUGCCAUGGAAACUACGAAAACGUCACAUUUUACCUGUCAAUCGAAACCUUUCAUCAAUGUAUUUUUCACAUGCCAAGUUUCAGCUUGUGAGCUGCAACCUUUCUCUUGCCAUGAUUUGGCAAAUAAUAUAUACUCACAAACUGCCAAAACUGUGUUCAGCCACCUUAAAUGCCUUUUUAAACAUAUGCAUUCCGCAGGGCUGUCAUUAAGAGCCGGGGGCCGGAGAUUUUCCCCGGCUACUAUGAAUGUGGCCCCCGGCUACUUUCAUAGGAAAUUAGAAGAAAAAUAAAGGGAGCCAAAAGAAAGCUCCAGCUGUUUAAUUCCCCGCCUACUUGUUGUAUUUACCCGGCAACUUGAAAUCUUGGUUACAGUCCUGCAUUCCUGACCAAGCGCGAGGUCAAGAUGGCCAGAUAUUCAGUUUUGCUUUUUGAUUGACCAAGACAAAGUCAAGGUCAAUAAAAAUGCGAAAAUUGAACCAGGACAAAAACCAGAAAUCUUGUCUUAACAAUCUUGCUCAAUAAAGAUUUAUUAUAUGGCCAGGAAAAGUGUUUUUCUUGCAGGACCAAUCAGAACACAGGAUUCACUUGAUUGCCUGCUCACUGAUUCAGCCAUAAAGUGGCUCAGUUUAGCGUGCCCAGAUGAAUGUGAUUUUUUUGCAAUAAUUAUAACUAGCGGCUACUAAGAAGGGAUUUGCUGGGGUGCUUCUCGCGUUUUGAUCAGAUUAUUACAGAAUUCCUGUAAAAAUGGCCUUUGCAGCUUAUUUACCGAAAAAUGCAAUUUUGGUGUUGUCCUUGGGUGGGGCAUUUUCACCCUUUUUUAAUGCUCCUCCGUGGGGUUUUUGUAUAAACCGCCCGGCCCCACCGUGGGGCAUUUGCAGCUUUUCCAAACAAAAAUGACAAAUGCCGAAGGGGGGUGGGUGGGGUGGGCACGCUUGGAAUUGACUGAGUCGUAACUAUACAGUUUCAUGGUAGGGUAGCAAUCAUCUGCAUAGAAUGACGCUGUUGAACCAUCAGUGAUUAUAAUUAUUAUUAACAUCACGGCAACACUAGAAAAAAACUUAAGGCAAAUGCUUCGUUUGUAUUGCAAAAGUGCUGAGCUGCUCCAAAGGAUUAUUGCGAAACGACUCAACCUGGAUAUUCUAUUUAUACCCAGGUCAUCGUCAGCCCUAACCUGAGAAAGCAGUCCACAUUUCGCGGCGGUAACCGGUCAUUUCGCCCCGGUUACUUAUCCCCUAUUUUCGAGUCAUAUAGCGCGCUUCAAGAUGAAAUAUUCCUCAUUCUAUAAGCCAGAAAGCAAAACAAACGCGCUUCAAAUGUAAUAUUCCUCGUUCUUUCAGCCAUAAACCAAGGCAAGCACUCUUCAAAGAUGAAAGAUAAUAUUCCUCGUUCUAAAAUAGGGAGCUAAAAAUGUAAUAAUCUUUCAACGCAAAUUCUAAUAACUUUUCUAACGCAUAAUGUAAUAAUUUCCGAAAUAACGACGUGCAUGCUACUAUUGUGGCUCAGUAAUCAGGGCGAAAUGACCGGUAACCUUCGUACCACAACUGUAGCAACUUUUAAUUUCACUUCACCACUGGUUUCAGAUAGCUGAUUUGUGAUUAGAAGACAGGCCAUCCUCUUUUUUUCUCCGUUUAGCGUCGUCCGACCGACCCAAAUUUUUGGCUCAGUAACGACCUAGUGUUUUUCACCUGAAAUAGUUCUUUUAAUCCGAAAAAUGAGCAUAGUAACAGCAGGAGCUGCUCGUUUUGUUUUUUAGGUUUUUUUCAAGGUCUCUACUGAUUGGUCGCAGAAAACAAUGACAUGUCAUUCUUUCAAUUGUUUCAGUAUUGUUUGGGGUCAGGGUAAGGCACCAUUGGUGAUUUCUGUACCGAGCAGCUGCUACUAACAUGACCUGAUUGGUUGAAGCAAAAUUUUCAGCAUGGAAUUUCUCUGGUCAUUCUUCAUACUUCAUUUCGCAGAGAAACUAGUGGUGACGUCACGAGAUGUCGGCUGUUCUUAGGCUACGUCAGCUUCUUUUACGAUUAGUGGACAACUUUGAACUAUUUUGGUCACUGUAGAUCACUAUCACAGGAACAAGAUGUGCAGAGCUUGGUGUCUUCAUCUCUCCCGAAAUUAAUCAGGAUGGCGAGGUCAUUCAUGGCUCCACUACCUUCUGUGCAGUAGAGGAAUAUGCACUGUCGUAUUAUCGUCAGGAGGGAUUUGACCAAGGAAUUCAUGGCGAAGGAUCCACCUAUUCUUCGCUCUAUUGCUUAUUCAUGUGGGAUAUUAUCUUCUCAAGUGGGAUCCCUGAUGUUUUUCGGAGCCCCUUUCAGGUACGUUAACGCAUUUGAUACUCAGGGCUGGGUUGUUCAAAGCUGUGUUAAGAAAAAAUCCAGGUUUAGUGCGAAAUUUGAAUAUGAAGGUUUAAAAAGCAAAUUUAGUUUAAUUCAUUUUGUCUAGGAUUUUAUGAUUGGAUGUUCUAAAAAGAAUACGGAAAAUCAUCCGAGAAAUGCUUUUGAACAAAAGAAAAAGAAACCCCAAUUGAAAUUUAACCCCGGCUAACGAUAAUCGCGCAACAACAAUUUGCCGUCUGUCCCCUUUGAAUUCAACAACUUCGACCAGAAGGUCAAUGUAAGAUUCAGGGAUUUCUAUAGGACAUGGGGAAAUUGGUCGUUUCAAUAGAGAGCUCUAGAUUCUGAGACGAGGACGAAUAUACGAUUACGAGAUUUUCUCAAUACUGAGUAUUGCUCACGCGUGAACCAGCGUCAAUUUGGGAGGAAAACGUGAUAGCCUCGUCAUUCUACUACGAGUUUUGUCUAGAAUGUUGUAGUGGCGGGAACACGUUGUCAAAUGUAAGAAGUUUUAUCAUUUUGCCAUCGGGAGACGGCUUAACCACCUUCAGUAUAAAUGACCCUGCUGACUUUUUUGGUGAAAAAAAAAGUGAAAUGAAGCCUUCCGGGGUGUCUUUUUUUAAAACACGCACAAAAACUUUAAUUUAAAUCUCGUACUCGUACUCGUCCUCGUCCUCAAAUCUAAAACUCUCUAAUGACAGAGUCGUUUCGAUAUGAUCUCAAGCAGUGAACCUGCACAACAAUUUCGAUCGCUUCGAAGUAUAGUUUGCGCGUGAACAACUAAAACAUUUCAGGUGAAUAUUCCUAUUCCAGGUACACUUGAAACUGUCACGACUGAAUCAAAUUGUAUCAAAACAAAGUGGUAUCGAAACGACCGAUAAUCGGACAUGGAACCCGUUUCUGGAAAGGCCUGGUAUCUUUUCGGGACCGAAGGCAACAUUUAAAUUGAAAACCUGUUCAAUAGUAGCAUAGUUCCUAGCUCAGAAACCGGUCAAUUUUGCUUUGUUAACUGAUACUUUCAUUGUAUCAUUUUCAAAAUUAUUUAAACUUUGAUUCUGAAAGCAAACACUGCAGGUCCCAAAAUUGUUGGGAGUUGUUGCAUCCGUUUGCACACCACCGCCAAAACGCACGCAACAACUCCCAACAUUGUUGGCAUUGUUGCGUCCGUUUGCACGCAGCCUUACAGACCCUAAUAUAUUUGCAAGUAACGCGUCUUUAUUAAUUAACGUUAAGUGAGGGAUUUACUUGUAAAUGACAAAAAACCGCAGCCUCGUAUCAAACAAAUUUCUCUCCCAAUGUAUUUAAUCAAGUAACGAAACAAGUCAACAAGUUUUCAAAAAGCAAUUGCAAUCCUUUUUUUUAAAUCUUUUUUUCAAGUUUGUCCAUCCGUGCUUCUUUAUUUAUAUCCUCUUUAGGCUUCUCCUUUAGACAUUUGCUUUGACUCAUUUUACACCAGUCGAAAAGAUGCGAUUGACAGGAAAUUAGAGGAAAUCAGGGAAACACCAUUCGAGGUACAUCAAAUAAAUGCAAUUAAUGUUGUUUUCUCCCAUGUUGCUCGUAAUCCUGUGAAGAUUGAGCUCGAGUUCGAGGAAUGGCAGUUCCGUGAACCUUAAUCGUUUGAUGGUCAUUGGAAAUCAACAGUAUGACAUUGUAUUUUGUUUUGGAAACAUUUAUUCUGAUAAUUUAAUGCUAGAGUAACUCGUAAUUUUCUUUCAUAGAAACUUCAAGAGAUGCUUUCCAAGAGCUGGAAUGAAAAUGAAGGGAAGGUUUGUGCGGGCCUUAACUGGGACAUUUUUACAGAUGUGAAACAAGCAAAGGUUAAAAAACUUCUAUCUUUGUUGUCAGUAUUCAGCACAUGAGCCCGACGUUUAUUAACCUUACAUUUCUCGAGUUUUAUUCAGCUUUACCAAUUCUACCCCGUUUAAUUAAAAGCCGGGUAGUAUUGCCGGCGUUUUCUUCGGGUACGUGCAUGCGAAGUUCUACUCUCGUAACCGGCAAACCCUACCCCAACCCCAAGGAUUACUGUUUCUGCUCUCCCCAGUCUUCCUCAGUGAUAAAAUCAAAGAUGGUGGGCACGGAAAUCUAUGUCACGCUAUUUGCUAUUAGAGAGUUUUAAACUCUUCACGUGUGCUGCAAACGGCAUACGUCAGUUUCAAGUUAAGAAUUUCUCAAAAUAGAAAAUGAGCAGAUAAAACAGCUCAGAAAAUUCUUUUGGAUAAAAAAUUGCGUGAAACUACUAAUUUAUGUGUAGAAAUAAUGAACAGUGGGUGACAAGCAGAGGGAAAACUUGGUCGCGUGUUACAAAUUCGCGUUUGCGUUUUGACGUAAACGUGAUGCUUAACCUCUAUUUUAUUAAAGAGCUAAAACAUGUCUUUGUAUCAAUUGAAUUUAGUGGCCUACUUUUGUUAUUUAUAACUAUACUCCCCCCCCCUCUCCUAGUGUGAGGGGCAGUCUUCUUAAAACGCAGAACCGGGAGAGGGCCAGGCUCCAGGCCUCUCAACAAUAACGCAGUCUUAGCACGUUAUAUGCUGGACAACAGAGGGGCAUUCUGUCUGCGCAUGUGCAGUACAAAGAGGCUUUUAUAAGUAGCCGCUGAAACGCGCCCGCACGUGGCGCGCGCGCGUCCGCUUCCCGCUCUUUUUGAGCAAAACCAAAACAAAAAAUAUUAAAUGCAAACUGGCCGUGUACGCAGGUCGGUUUGUUGUCUUUUUAGCGUGUGUCUUGUUCUGUAUUUUAAACGAAAGUGAAAGCAAAGAAAGGUCGAAGAAUGGUUGUGUUGUGUGUGGCAAGAAGUCACAAGGAAGCCCUUUCAGACAGGUUGAGAAAAA